CAAGAUAAAGACGACAAUAGAUCCUCUGCCCUCUCCUGCACCUUCUCAUUAAACUGUAAAUACAGCUCAGAUAUAAUAAGAAUCCACUGCAAUAACUGCACUGCCGUGCUAAAUUCCUUCUAUCCUUAAGACGCCCGUGAAAUUAUAAACAAGAAAUCCUUACAACACCAACGGGAUGAAUAUGGAUAAAGAAGAGGUUAAGAGGGAAACAGUGUGUGUAACUGGAGCGGCAGGAUUCAUCGGAUCCUGCCUUGUCAAAAAUCUGCUGCAAAAGGGUUAUGUAGUUCACGCUACACUAAGAGAUCCUGAAAACCCAGCUAAAAAUAGUCAUCUGCUAUCUCUUCCGGGUGCCACAGAAAGGCUUCAUCUGUUCAAAGCAGAUCUUUUGCAACAUGGCAGCUUCGAUUCUGCUAUUAAAGGCUGCGAUUCCGUCAUCAACUUGGCCACUUCUACAGAUUUCCAGGGCGAUGUUGUCAACAAUACUGUCGACGGAACGAUGGACAUUCUAAGAAGUUGCAAGAAAGCAAAAACUGUGAAACGGGUAAUUCAUACAUCUUCCAUGGCCGCAGCUUACCCUCUAAAUGAAGACGGUCAAUUUAAGGAGGUCCUUGAUGAAUCCUGCUGGACCCCUGUUGAUUAUAUCAAACACAAAGACGAUUUUUCUGGAAUUUAUGCAUUAUCCAAGACUUUAGCAGAGCAAGCAGCUCUGCGAUACGGAGAGGAGGAAGAGAUUGAAGUGGUAACAGUGGUUUUAGGGAUGGUGGGAGGUCCUUCUCUAACCCCCACAAUUCCUGGGAGCGUUUCAACAAUGUUAGCACCACUCUCAGGGAACGGACUGCUUUAUGAAAUCUUAGUUUCGAGUAAAUCUAUGUUAGGAUCGGCGCCGUUGGUCCACGUGGAAGAUGUAUGCAGUGCCCAUAUUUAUUUGAUGGAGCACCCAUCCGCAGCGGGUCGAUAUGUGUGCUGUUCUGAUCCCGUGACUGUUGCUGACAUGCUCAACUUCUUUCGCAAACGAUAUCCAGAAAUCCCCUUGGCUUUUGGGACUGAAGAGGUAGAAGACGAGUCGAACAAAGUAUUUGUACCAAUUUCUUCCAAGAAACUGAUUGAUCUGGGAUUCUCGUACAAGUAUGAUAUAGAGGGAAUACUUAGUGACACCAUCGCAUUUGCAAAGCAAAUGAAAGUAUUGUGAGGGAUGUAAGUAUAUAUUCGUGUGUACCCUUAAUUGCGUUCAUUGGGAUAACAGAGGAGUGGUUACUCAGCUUGCUCUAGCUCUUCAUGAUGGAAUUGUAUCCCUCUUAGGUGCAUCGUACAGAACUGGUAUAGUUUUUUUUAGAAUAAUUUAAUUUACUAGCAUUAAGAUAUGAAUAUGUUAGGGGUAAUAUACUGGAGCAGUCAAAAGUUGGAAGAAUCAAACAUUGCUUUUGUUAGGAGUAGUUAUUUGGAAUACAAUUGAAAUGGUUUGAAAAAAAUAUGUAUAUGAAUGGAUGCAACUUGUAAUUUAAAUCCAAAAGGUAUACAAAAUGUUUCUGUUAUACAAA